AUGUCGACUGACGAGCUACCAGCGGAGCUAUGGUUGCUUGUCAGCAGCUACGUCUCUCAGUCCGAUAGGGCACGCCUGGUACGGGUCAACCACAGAUUCCACGACAUACUCAAUCGCAGACUGUAUCUCCAGAGUAUACGGGAUGACGCGUCGGAUUGCGUCACUUACGCCUUGAAGACUGGAAAUCUCGAUACUCUCAAACGCGCUCAUCUCUUCGGCGCGGAUAUUGCCAAGGCGUAUCCCGUGGCACCACUACCAUGGGGGGGUCCCAGGGGCGACGGAAAUCUGGACAGGAUGACGACCUGGGGCACCCCGCUGUACCAGGCUGCCGCAGGAGGCCGCUAUGAGAUGGUCAAGUGGCUUCUUAGAUCAGAAUGUCGAUGUCGAUGGCCCCGGGAGAAGCCUAUGCAGUUCUCCGUCGCUCGCCUCCUGCUUUCCGCCGGAGCAUCUCUGACAACUCAGUUGCAGGGUGAGUACGCCAUGAGAAAGUCCCCUUUCUGGGAUUCGGAAGCGGGCGCGGAAACAUGCCCAUUCGUUUCACCACCCGCCAGAAAGGCGAGGUUCUGGUUAGCAGAUGCCCGGCAAAGUUCGAGGCCACAUAACGCCCUGCACGAUGCGGCUCGUGCUGGGAACUUGGAGGUGAUGACCGAUCUCGUCAAGAACCUGGGCCUCUCGGUAGACAGUCCUGACAACAGAGACGCCACGCCGAUACAAUACGCCUGCGAGUAUCGUCCCUCAGAGCGCAAUGUACACACGGAGAGAGACGUUGUGUCACAUUUGCUCAGCCUCGGGGCCAAUGUGGAGAUAUUUUUCCAACAUGGAAACUCAUUCAUGACGCUGGCACUCGAAUUUGCCAUCGCUCAGGGUCAUAUCGAGGCCGCCAAGCAGCUUAUGACGUUGGGAGACAGCCUUUGGACCGCUUCUGCAGACAACGGCCCCAAAGAAUCAGUGCUAAAGCUGUUGUUGCCAGCGAUAAUUGAUACAACCGAGCCCGACUGUAAUUCGGUUCUCGACUCGUUCGCUCAAGUCGUCGCGGACUUCAUCCGGGAGACCCAACGGACGCAUCGGCCGGAAUAUGCCCCGCUUGUAGGAGAACUUCAGUCGACCUUUCUCUUCGUCUGCGAGGUCUCCUGUGGCGUCGAUCGCGACUGUAUGGAUAUCCUUCGCCCUUUCAUGGACGUAUUGGAUUUCGGAGACAAAGUGACUUUGGAGCAGGAUUGCCCCUUCUUGAAGUUCAUCAGAUGGAGCUUUGCGGAGCGGAACGGCUUAUGGCGCGCAACUUUUCCCUUGACUAUGCCUCCCGACAAAGAGCAGGACCGUUUAUCGGGCUCUUCUCUCGGCAUGCUCGCUCUCUGUGUUACGAUUGGUGUGAUGGACUGGGACUAUCAGGGGCGGGCCCUGACGACCUUAAACUGGCUGAUGACCCAGGGCGCGAACCCGAUCGGCAUGCGAGACACCGAUCCGGACCCGUCUCUCACCCCCCUUGUCUACCUGAUGAAGAAGAUCACGGUGGGCCAUCCGCGAGAAUCGGAGCCGCUGACCUUUGUGUUGGGCUCAAUCGGCCCUUUUGUCCGUCUUCUGGUGCAAAAGGGAGCGUGGAUCCCGUGCGGAGAGGAUGAUAUCGGAGGAGUUGUUCGAGUAUACAAGGCGUGGGAGAUGUGUGUCCGCGACUUACAUGAGAGGCCGGAAACCGCGCCAGAGUGGGCUUUCGCGAUUCGCGAUGCGUUUGAUGACUGGUCUGACAGGCCCAAGGUUGAGGAGGUGCUGAGGCAGCACGGUCUUAUCGACGAAGAUACUUGUGUCGAUUAUGAGCAGAGUGAAGUGUGGGAUGAAGAAACCGAAGAGGAGACCGAAGAGGAGGCCCUUUAA